AACUGCUGCUGCUACUGCUGUAACCACGCGAGGCUGUGGCCGCGGAGUACUUGCUUUCGCGCCUUUAGUUGGUGCAAUGUCCAACACCGUUGCAUCUCGUGAGUCACCGACUCCAAUGUCAUCUCGCAAGGGCCUGUUCAGUGACCUUGGCAAGGCCACCCUUCGCGGCAUUCGGAAAUGUCCCAAAUGCGGUACCUACAACGGCACGCGCGGCGUGCGCUGCAAGAACAAGGCGUGCGACGCAGUGUUUCGCGAGCGUGGCGCACGCAAGCGCGCGGCCGACGCUGUGCGGCUGCACGCGCCGGGCCAGCUCUAUUCGGUGCGCCUUCAACGGGGCGAGGCACGGACAUUUGUGCAGCUGUUGGCCGAAGGUAGGGCCCAGUGUGAGGGCUGCAAGGGUGCACCUGGCUGCGCGCACGUGCAGGCCGCUCUGCGAUGUGUGGUGCAAGCCCAGGCGCUGCCACUGAAGGACUCCGUUGUGGAAGCCCAAGAGGAGAGCGUGCGAGAUGCCAUCUGGGAGCUGGCCGCAACCGAGGGCCCGCCGCUCGUGCAACGUGUCUCCAAGGCAGUGUUGGUGGCGCGGAGCCGUCAGGGCGGCUUCGUGCAUGUUCGAGUGAGCCCCCGCCGUGAGCUGCGCUGCGGUGAUUGCGGCGGAAAGGGUGCAUCGCAAAACUGCGUCCACUCGUACGCGUGCAUGUGUGCACUUACUAGCGCGGACAAAUUGCGUGUUGUGGCGCCCAAGCACCCCGAACCGUCUCUCAGCUUUUUGCAGUGGUUAGCGGGCGUCACGGAGCGCAUCAAUCAAACAAUGCGCUAUGAUCGACCGGGUAGGCCUGAGCCGCUUGUAUUUCACGUGCCUCACCAGUUUUUUGAGUGUUUGCAGCAGCGCAUAUGUGGGCGCCGGCAACUUACGCGGAAGGACGGAGCCAAGUGCACGUGGAACAUCACCAACCUCUUGCAUGUGCGUCACAUUUUUGAGACUCCUGACGUGCCGUUGGAGGAGAGUAGAACCUUCGUAGAGAAUCGCGAUGGGACUUUCGAGCCCUAUGAACCUCCUUGUUUGUCUCAAGAACUGCACGCUGAAGGCGUACCGGUCAUCAGACCUCUGGAACUUAAAACAUUCUUGAAAGUGGGGAACCCACCCCAUUCGGUGCCGUUCGUUAUUGAGUGGACUCCUGACGUGCUUCCCCGUAGUCGGGUUGGCGAAUUGCGCCUGAAGUUUGAGUAUGGACAUCUAAGAAAUGGACUUAUUGACAUAAGGUCAUAGCAGGUACUCUUUUCUCCGUGAUGGUGGACAUUGAGGUGAAACAUUGUUGACCGUUAUUUUAUUAUUAUUUUUUAAAAUUUCAGCCCAGAGUAGCGUUGAUCUUGCUGCGAUGUACUAACUCCUAGUGCAAAUUUGAAAACAAACGACCGCUUAGUGUACGGCAAAGUGUGUGCUAUUAAUGCGCGCGUAAUAAACUCGUGCGAUCAAGUUG